AGGGGUCGCUGUCGGCAGCAAGAGGCGGGAAGUGGCCAAGGAAAAGCGGAGCGGCCGACGCUCUCCGCGCAGUCUAUGGUGAUUAAGAGUCCUCGCCAGCGACGAGGGAGCGCGCGCUCUGCUGUCGCGGGCGGACUGGCUAGGCUUCUGGGACUCGUUGGUGUCGCCGGCGGCCCUGGCCCUCCUUCGGCGGAAACAUGGCGGCGGCCAUUGCGGACUGUAUUCUCACAGCAAGCAAACAUUCCUUUCCCUGACACCAUGAUCUGUCUUGUGGCAGAGUCCGGCCAACCUGGGGCUUCCUCUUCUUGAAGCAAAUAUUAUGGAUCAUGAGGCCCCAACCAUCCGGCCACGUCGGAUCCAGAACCAGAACGUCAUCUACCGCCUGGAACGUCGGCGGAUCACCUCCGGCAAGACUGGCACUCACUGGCACCAGGUCCGCGUCUUCCACCAGAACGUCUUCCCCAACUUCACCGUGGUCAAUGUUGAGAAACCGCCCUGCUUCUUACGGAAGUUCUCCCCUGACGGACGCUACUUCAUUGCCUUCUCCUCAGACCAGACUUCUCUGGAGAUCUAUGAAUAUCAGGGGUGCCAGGCAGCCGAGGACCUCCUGCAGGGCUACGACGGGGAGAUCUUGGCCAACGGCAACGACCAAAGGUCCAUCAACAUCCGCGGGCGGCUCUUUGAGCGGUUCUUCGUCCUCCUGCACAUCACCAACGUAGCCUCAAACGGCGAGCACUUGAACCGCGAGUGCAGCCUCUUCACAGAUGACUGCCGCUAUGUCAUUGUUGGCUCUGCUGCCUACCUGCCGGAGGAGCCCCACCCUCCGUUUUUUGACGUUUACCGCAAUAGUGAGUCAGUGACUCCUAACCCCCGGUCGCCUUUGGAAGACUACUCCUUGCACAUCAUUGACCUCCACACGGGCAAGCUGUGCGACACCAGGACAUUCAAGUGCGACAAAGUCAUCUUGUCCCACAACCAAGGACUCUACCUGUACAAGAACAUCCUGGCCAUCCUUUCUGUACAGCAGCAAACCAUCCACGUCUUCCAGGUCACCCCCGAGGGCACCUUCAUCGACGUCCGGACAAUUGGCCGCUUCUGCUACGAGGAUGACCUCCUCACGCUCUCCGCUGUCUAUCCCGAGGUCCAGCGGGACUCCCAGACGGGGAUGGCCAACCCGUACAAAGAGCCGUUCAUCAACUCCCUGAAGCACAGGCUGCUGGUCUACUUGUGGCGCCGGGCGGAGCAGGACGGGAGCGCCAUGGCCAAGAGGAGGUUCUUCCAGUAUUUCGACCAGUUGAGGCAGCUCCGCAUGUGGAAGAUGCAGCUCUUGGACGAGAACCACCUCUUCAUCAAAUACACCAGCGAGGACGUGGUCACGUUGCGGGUGACGGACCCUUCACAGCCUUCGUUCUUUGUCGUCUACAACAUGGUGACCACGGAGGUGAUUGCGGUGUUUGAGAACACGUCAGACGAGCUGCUGGAACUCUUUGAGAACUUCUGCGACCUCUUCCGGAACGCCACGCUGCACAGCGAAGCGGUCCAGUUCCCCUGCUCCGCCUCCAGCAACAACUUCGCCAGGCAGAUUCAACGCCGGUUUAAGGACACAAUUGUGAAUGCCAAGUACGGUGGGCACACGGAAGCCGUGCGGAGGCUGCUGGGCCAGCUCCCCAUCAGUGCUCAGUCGUACAGUGGCAGCCCAUACCUCGACCUCUCCCUCUUCAGUUACGAUGACAAGUGGGUGUCUGUCAUGGAGCGGCCCAAGACGUGUGGCGAUCACCCUAUCAGGUUACAUUGUAUUUAUCUGAAAGGAAGCGGACUCUGAAUUCAAGGUGACCCCCUGAUUUCCAGCAGUGUCUGCGUCCUCCAAGAUCUGUGAGGAUCGCCAGGGGUUGAGCCAAGAGCACACGAUGUAUACGCAUUGUCUUGCCUUGUUCUUCCGAUUGUUUUUCUCACUGCUGUCCUUGAUGUUCCGUGAAGGCUCCACCGGGCAGCCUUUGUCUAGGUGGCUGUGUGUCUGUGUGUGUGUGUCCCCGUCCCCCACCCCCUAACAAAAGACAGCCGUGCUGCAGAUAUUCUCAGUAAUGGGCUUCUGUGAUGAAGCAAGUCGCUGCCGCCUCUCCGCUCAGCAGCCGGGGGUUCGGAAGGCGAGAGGCCACAUCGAGCGUUCCAGAGCCGUUGAGUUCUCUUGUCUCCAGUGCCUACUUAGGAGCCAGAAGAGCCUUCAGUUGGAGGGGUGGACCCCUGACCCGUAGAGAGAGUUCCUCAACAAAGGCGUUUGGGUGCCGGAGGCAGGACGAGUCUGUGUAGUGAUGCCAUAAAUGAAAGGAUUGACAACUAUUGCCACCUUUUUAAUAACGUCUGUCACUGGCUGCGUCUCACCUUGCCUAAUGGGAGGGCAGGACCCAGUUGUAAGAAAUGAGUUAGGAGGGUUUGCUUGGGAAUUUCCCUCUAAAGAGCACGUGAAGCUUCCUCUUACUGAGCAUCACUCUGGUUCAGCUGGCCUACAUAGGAAGCU